AUGACCAAUCUAUUUGUAAAAACUUUACUUUUUCUUCUUGUAAUAACUAUACCAUUUUAUGUAUCAGCGCAUUCGACCGGGGCUGCUACAUGCGAUGUUAAUCAAAUGGCGACCUCGGGUCAUGGACAAUCUCAAGCUUCAGACUUCAGUACUUUUGGUGGUUAUGCCAUCACUACCGCUAAGUCAGGACAACAAAUAGCUAUAUCAAUCACAGGUACAACAAACGUUGAAGGAGUUCUUUUGUACACUCAAGAUUCGAGUGGUAGAACUGGAACAUUUACAAUUCCAACUGGUUAUCAAUCGAAAUCAUGCGGAGGUUCAGGAACAAAUACGUUAACGCAUACAAGCAGUGCUUCAAAAAAUAUGCCAAUUAAAUUUAUGUGGACACCACCUUCUUCAACUUCCGGAAAUAUAACUGUUAGUGGUAUCGUUGUUAGAAACUAUAAUAAUUGGUAUAAAUUACAGGAUGUUAGUUUUAAUCCAACAGUUGGAACUUCUACUGUCAGUAAUGUUACUAGCCCUGAUACUGGGUCUUCUAGUUCUGGUUCUGUUUCUGGUUCUGAUAGUGGAGUAGGAAGUUGGUUUAAAAAUUAUUUAUUGUUUAUCGUUUUGAUGAUUAUUGUUGUCAUAUUAUAUAUAGUUAGUAGUGUUACUGAAGCCAUGUUGAAAAACCAACGCGCUAAAGCAAAAUAUUAUAGAAAUAAUUAA